AUGGACGAGGCGAUUCUGGCUCUCCAGCCGCUAGUUCGAUUGGGGAUGCAGCAACAGCAGCAGCAGCAGCAUCAGCAGCAGCAACUCGCACAGACGCAAGCGGCGCAAGCAGCACAGGCGCAGGUGCAAGCAGCGCAGGCGCAGGCGCUUCUGCCUGCGCUGCUCCAGCAAUACGCCAACCUCCCGUCGUUCGCCCGCAAUUUUCGUCAGCAAGAUGGCACCGUCGCCGCCGCGGCCGCCGGGUUACACGGAGCCAGACUCGAUAACACCGCAGCACGCGGCGCGCUCGGCUCGUCGGCCGCGGCGGCGCUUCAGCAAGCCGUUCUCCGCGAUAUCGCACGCGCAACCGGCGCCGCCGGUAUCGGCGCUCCCGCCGGCGUCGGCGGUGCUGUCGGCGCGUCUGCGGGUCUCGCGCUCUCCCCGAAGCGCGGCUCGAUCGGUCGGGACAUUGAAAAGCGCGGCGCGUCGGCAGCGGGGCCAGCGGAUGCGGCGGACGCGGCGGAGUUGAAGCUGAGUGUCGGCGUGCCGUCGGUUGACGGGUCGCCCGGGGGAGAGCAAUGCCGCGGCGACGAUUUCAAUCAUCGCAAUCGUGCGACGCUGCAGGACGACGCGAACCACGACCACGCCCGGCGUCGCACGCGCGACAAUCAGCACACCGCCGGCGACAGCUCGGGCGACAGCAACGUCGAGACCUGCCCGGGGCAGCAGCGGGGCGCGGGGGAAGCUGGGGAUGGCAGCCCCGCGGGGAACUGUAGUCCGGGGGGGCGCGGGGGAAGCAGCGGCGGAACAGGCGGAGCGGGUAGGGCGGGGAUGAAGCGCAGCGCAGGCGCGCUGGGGUCGGGGCUGGAUCUUGACGGUCUGGGCGGGGACGCGGCGCGCUCCGUGCGUCCGCGCACAGUGGCGGAGCGGAAGAGGCGGAACAAUAUCAGCCACCGGCUGGAGCAGCUGAAGGCGGCGAUUCCGCUGUGCAAUCCGCGCAUCACCACGGAGACGCUGCUGUGCGAGACGCUGACGUACAUUGACGCGCUAAAGGCCAAAAUCCGCAACUUGCAGGCCGAGAAGGCCAACCUGCUCGAGCACGUGCUGACCCUGUAA